AUGAGGGUCGGGCAGGACUGGUCAGCAUGUGGUAUUGUAUACGGGAUUCAGAACGGACAGCGUCAGGGCAGAAUUGAUACGCCGGAUGAGAUUAUUCGCGUCAAAGAUGACAGACGAGAGGAACCCAGACGCGAUUGGCCACAGUACGUUUCGAGCACAGCCGAGGAGUGUGGAAGGAGUUUAUUUCAGUUUAUUUGGUAAGGAUAAUAGGCAAAGCCUUUGAAAACCCUACUACUAGUAGACGGCGAAUACUGAGGAUUCCGCCGUGAGCAUCGACAGACCGCAUGGGGUCGAAGUGCGGGAGAUGACAUCAAGAACCGCGAAAAUCGUCGCUAUGUGGGAGGAGUGAUAGCAGUAGAUUUAGAAACCAAUUCAAAACAGGGUUCCCAAAGAUAUAAUUGAGGGCUUCAUAUGGAUCUACCACUAAGUCUUAGGAGGAUCCUUCUCGAAGUCAAGAAGCUGGGAGUUCGGAAUAAGGCCGUUAAAAGUGCCUUUAUACUUUCCGGCGUAAAAUAUUUGCGUAAUUUCGACCUCAAUACUGAUAACUUAGACGAUGAGCUAAUUUCAGGUGGAAGAUUAUUACAAAGGAAGGCAUAUUUGGAAGCAAAAAAGAGGGAGCUCGUAGAUGUACUGCAAAGAGGCGGCGGAAUCACCAUGAGGGAGUCGCGCGUGGCAUAGGACCGAUCUCUGAAAGUGAGAGUGUCAAUGAGCUGAAGAGUGGAGUUAGAGUUUAUGUGAAAAAGGGAGCAAAGACCGACUUCGAGUCUUCUAACCCACAAAAACUUAAUGUUCGCCGGCUCACAUUUCUGAGUAUAAGAAGUACCGGGUGCGACUUGAGAGAACAGUUUCCGGGUGAAAACCCUCUUUACAUAAUCGAUCUCAUAACGGACACAGGAGUUCAUUAUGUCAAAGAAAGGUCAGCAGUAUUCGAGGACUGGAAGAACAAACAUUUGAUAAAGUCUUAAUUUCAUUUGCCGGAGGAAAAAAAUUUUGCGAUAUGAAUCCACGUAUCUGCGCAGCUUUGGCAGAGAUUCUAUCUGUAUGUGGUGAUAAAGCAAGUUUGUUUGUGUAAGUAAAACCUAGGUCCUCUAUGGUGGACCAAUCUGAGAGUGGGUUAUUCUGAAAAAUUAUGGGACCAGAAAGACACGAAGCUACACUUGUAUGAUGAAAACUCCAUCUGCCAUGUUAGACCCCAUCUGCUUAAGCGUAGUUAAUCGACAGUAAUUUUUUUCAACACAAACGUUUGCGGCGACCUUAGAAUAUGGGUAAACACACUUGAGGUCAUCGGCAUAAGUAAAAGUUUUCAAAUUUCUGACUUCAGUGGAAAUAUCAUUGAUGUAAAGAAGGAAGAGUAGCGGACCCAGAACCGUCCCAUAAAGUACGCCACUCGCGAUCGAGUGAGGUGUCGAGUAGCUAUUACCGACCAUGACUUUCUGAUAUAGGUUGGAUAGAUAGGACCUGAUGAAGUCGAGUAGAGGAGGCCGGAUGCCGAGAGCUUCCAAUUUUACCAAAUGACGUCUAUGGGACUCCGUGUGGAAGGCUUUGCUAUGAUCAAAGUAGAUAACUACCACUGACUGCUGGUCAUUACGAAGAGAAGUGAUUAGAUUAAGAAAUGCCAAUUGGCAAGUUUCGCAGGAUCGUUCAGGUACAAAUCCAUGCCGAUUAGUGCUCAUAAGCCGAUUAGAUAGACAAAAGUCCAGAAUUCCAUUAAAAACAAUCUUUUCAAGAAGGUUUGCUAGAGACGGCGUUUUUUGCAUGCCCCGAUAGUUAUUAACAUGGGGCCGAGAUCCAGACUUGAAGACGGGAAUGAUAAUUGACGUUUGCCUUGUUCCAGGAAAGAAACAUUUUGAAAUAUAAACCGAGAAUAAAUGACUAAGCAAUAUGGGAAGGUCGGGAGCUUGUUUAAUAAUCGAAUUUGUAAUUCCGUCCGCGAGUUUUUCAAACGACUUAUGCGUUUCUUAAUGAGAUCUGAAGAGACAUCGAUUGUACUCAGUGUUCUACUUGAAAGUGAACGAAAGAAAGGGACUGGUUCAGACUCAAUAAUAAGGUCUUUUUCAAAGAAAGCAAUAAACAAAUCCGCCUCGACAGUGUAAUCGAUUAGGAAGAUUUUGUUAUCGUUUAACUGGGCUGGAAGUUCGUGACACGCUUAGAGGAGGACCGAUGACGAAGAUGCUAGCGACGGAUUUGCCAGAGUUCGAAACACUGACGGCAAGUGAUUCUCUUGGCCUGUCGCACGCUUGGAGAAUCCUUGAGGCCAUUUCGAAAAUCUUUGUGAUUCUAAGAUGAACGGAUAAGGAACUAGUGGAUAGGUCACGCAGUUGGCGUCUUAACUUUUUUAGUGUGUUGUGAGGAAAGAAAGGAACAGGGGAAUCUGCAGAAUAAGACUUCAGAUAUCUACGUGGCACAAACUCUAGGAUAACCUUUGCAACAUUGGGAAUGAAGUCACGAAGAAUGGUUGCAUCGCUACAGGAGAGGAAGCAACACAAAUCCAAUGAUCUAAUAUAGUUAUUUACUAAGUCGUUAUCUACGCAAUCGUAGUUAAUGUAAGUCCAAACGGUGCUGGUCUUUUUUUGAAAAGGCAAACAGUAGGCAACAAUGAAUUAAUACGUGGUCACUGUCAAAGAGGUCCUUUUUGAAAGCAACAAAAAGAGAGGAAAUGUCAUUGGUAAAGAUGAGAUCGAAAGUGUGAUUUUCUCUUGCUGGAGAGCGCACCAGUUGGGACCAGUUAAAAAUAUAGACAAGAUCUUGGAAGGGCUGGAACCUAGGUGGACAGAUAUUGAAAACUCAGUCUAUUACAGGGAAGAUAAAAUCCCCAGUGAUUAUUUUAACAUUGAAAGCAGCUUCUGAAAUUAAUUUAAAGAUUUCAAAGUGUUGUGAAUCAUCAUUGGCUGAAGAAUUUGGGUUUUUACUUCUCCUGUAAAAUUAAUUCGAUCAUUUUUAAAUUUUCAUGAGGAACUUUUUUCACCCCUCGCUAAUCAUUUUACUUAACGGACUACUAAUUCAAAACCUAUGAAUUGCACUUUGUACAGAUUUUGCCUACCCCGUCUAAAAUUCACAUGUAAAUUUAUUUUUACUUGCUUUGAUGGAACCCCGACGGGCCUUUAAUAAAAAGUAUUAUUAUUAUUACUUUAAAUACAGUGAAUAAUUGCCGUUCUUUGCGCAGGGGGAAUAACAGAUGCAAAGCAGAAGUUUCCCGUGAAUGAGGAGAUAUCCAGGUAAUAGAGAGAGUGCCUAAGAUAGGAUGUAAGAUAAAAAAGCUAACCGCCCCCCACGCCUAGUUGUGGGGUUUUGGCGUUAAAAAUCGAAUUCAUCUAUAAGAAAAGCAGAGUCAGGAAUUAGAGAAUGGGUCAAAGUUUAUGUUGCGCACGUAAUAAUUUCGAUAGACAUUCCAUGAAUUAACUCACCUACUGUAUGCGCAUCCACCACAAGGCUCAUCAGUGUAGCUCACACUUUUAACGGUUAUUACGCCUUUGACACUCUUUGCUGGUCGUUGGCUGGGGGCGCAGAUAGAGCGAGCGCAGAUUCUGGAUGCGAAGGACAUCUCACCAGUCUCGUCUUCUAACGAGGUGCGGGCGCCGGUCUUACCAUUGCAGUUAGAUCUCUGAGACUCCUUAAACUUCGAAAUGAGAGAACAGGUAUAUUUUUGCUUUCGAGGUUAUAACAAAUACGUCGGGUUGUAUAUGACGAAUCGAAGUGAGCAUUAAAAACUCAGUGAGCGAAAUUACUUAAAAUCUGAUAACCUGUAUGGUGUUUAAUCAGAAACGACUCAGCUGUUUGCAAAUCACGUAAGACUUCAAUCACUUCCAGCCCUGAAGGGUUUUGAGCGAUUGUUUUCCUAAAGUGUAAAUAACCGCAAGUUGACUGCAUAAUCAGUUGAACCGUACUGACAAACAAAUUCCACUUGACUCAGUUUCCUGAGGAAUUUCGACGAGUGAAAAAAAAGUCCAAAAAUGCACAAAGAAAUUCUGAAGUGCUGUUCCAAUGUCAAUAACAGAGACGGUAACUGUGAAGUGGUAACCAAGUCGAAGGAGUCACAAUUGCAGCGCAGAAUAAUUCGUUGUACUCAGUCGAACUUCGUAACGAACAAAUGUUUUGUGCAGAAGUGUCACGAAGCGGAAUUUUCCUCGAGAGUUUGAUUGACAGGGCGCGUUUCCCGUUUUUAUAGAUUUUUGAAAGGACUUAUAACAGGGAGUGAUCUAAAUAAGACAGAAAACCGGGUUUUCAAAGUUAAAAGCCUAGGGGUUGAUAAAAAUGUAAUCUACAGGGUCGAUGACCUGAGUGUUGAAGGAAACAAAGACAUCAAAGUCUAAAGACUAAUGUGGGCGUAGGUUUUCUCGCUUAAAAUCGUCGCAUAAAAGAAUAAAACGCGUAUUACCAAACCCUAGAAAGGGUUUCUUGAAAAACUCACAUUGACUUCAACGUGCAGAUUGUCUGAGGCACGUAUGGAUUGCUUGUAGGAGACAAGUCAGUUCACGCUCGUCAACUAACGUGAACCUCAAAAGUCGGCGGAUUCUUUUGAACGCUUCUAUCUCCCGGACCUGUUUACCUUGGAGAUUUUUAACAUUUCUACUUAAGAGAGCAAGUGCUGUUUACUUUUAUUGUCCUUUUUCGUCACGGCAAACUCUUUUAUCUCCUUUAUUUACUGCUUCAUCUAUUUUGUCUGCUUUGGACUAUCUCCUCUUUAGUCGCUUUUCCUUAUCUUGUUAUGCUUUACCCGUACAGCAUCCCUGUUUUCAAUGUCUUAAAUGUUACUUCCGCCUUGUGCACGCUGAAUUUCAGUCUUCAUACGAAGUUUUUUAUACGAAAAUUGUGUUAUCUUUCUCUGCCAUUAAUACUUGUGUCCAUGUUUUCCAGCCUACCACCAUGUACUAAAGGGCUUAUCGUGGAUUUAUAGUAGUUAAGAUUUUAUCAGAAGAACGAGGGACUACUUAUGAGGUUUACUUCUCUUGAAUGCUCACGUGUUUUUUACGAUUCAUUUUGUUACAAUUUUAUUCACUUCUUUCCUAUUCUCGGGGUUUUGGUUGCGAAUUGAGAAGUUGGUGCUUAUGUCUGUCCGAUAGUAGCCGUCACAGCAUUUCUGGUCUAAGUGGAAAGGUGGCGUUUUUGGUACAUACAUUUUUCUUUUAAACGGUCUAGAGGUUGCAUACGCAGCGCUCAUGUAAUGACAUACGUAAUUUCUAUCUAAUUAAGAAUACCGUCCAAUAUAUGCCACGGACUAGCCAGUGGUUGCUAGACACUCCAACCCAUACUUACGAGUUGCGUGUCAGGCGCGACCAAGUGUGUUAUCAAGCUGGGCAGUCGUCUGGUGUCUUGUAAUGAGACAGCGGAGAACCUUGAACUUUAAUAUCGACAAGUGCGUUAACUACUCGCACAAAACUGUGUUGCCUCAUGAUCAGCCGGUAAGAUAGUUAGCCACAGACUCACAGCAGAAAUAAGUGUCUGCUAAUGCGCUGUUAUCAAGCCUGAGCUCCAAAACCGGCCAGGAAAUUGGAACUGUGCUGUCGCGCAACGAUAUACGGGUGAAUGCAGAUACCAUCUCGAGAUAUGCGAACUGCACAGCACUUGUAGUAGGCUCCCCUCAUAUACCACACAUACCAUUUAGGAGUAAUUACUCCUGCACCCGUGCUUGUCUUUUAAAGAGAUCAGCAUCCAAUUCUGGAACUGAUGACUAAAAUAUCUAGCUGAGUUUAGAGGGCUGGGCUGAGUGCCAGAGGGUCACGACAGUUUCGCGCAUGUCAUCAUUGAGAUCACUAUCGAUUUCUCCGAAACAACGUUAGAAGUAGAUCUUAGGACCAGAAAUGUGUUCUAGGUCUGCAUUUAUCGCGUCCAACUAUAGCUCAAGUUGUCGGCCUUGACAAUGAGCCAUCGAUGACCUGAUUCAUAUACUUAUGAAAGGCCACUUUACUUAUACGUUUGUUGUCUCCAUUUUCUCAACAUUAACUCCCGCCAGCACGAUGGGGGUAUGAGCAAUAGGUGAUUGACAAACUACUUAUCUGCUAGUCAUUUCCGCCACUGGAAUGACCCCUGUGGUACCAGUGAAUCUCCGGACAGUCAAUUUGUAGGCAUUAUUUCGAAUACGGCAUUCGGAAGAACCCAAGAUAUCACCGUUGACGGCUGGCUGUUGGACACCAGCACAUUUUUUCAGUACAAUUACAAGCACAAUUAAGCAAAAAUCGUCUCCACAGAUUGGGACGACACUGUUGUUACGCGAUCAUAUGGAAGCGCAACAGACCACUACCGUUGCACAAGCCCUUUUGACUUUGUCGUCCUCUUGAGUUGUUUCUGCUUGUGUUACCACUCAUGGAUAAGAAGUACUCAGUGCAGUUUCGAUCUCGGUGAUUAUAUGCAGAUCAGGACUUCUUUCGCUGAACCAUCAGUCACUCACCAUCAGCCCACUCUCGUCAUUUUCAUGGACUCUGCCUCCGAAAUCGACGCUUUGCCUUGGAAUUUAUUGUAAUUGGUCAUGCUGUAUUGUGAGAAACCAUCGAAGUUAUUUCGGUUGAAUUAAACACACACGAGUACGGAAAUAAAAUUUUCCCUCGUGUAAGUGACACGGUGAGAGACUUUUCUGCCAUUAUAUGCGACGUCCAUCAGGGCUGUGUUCUCUCACCGGCUCCACACGUGCUUUUCAAUGCAUUGGCAAACCACGCUAUUGCCUUAGUAACUCUUGCUCCGUGUAUUAUGGAAUCUUGACUACGUUGGCAAAGUUGUGAUCCUUUCCCCUUGGAGAGAUGCAGCAUACGCGAAAAGGCCUAUUCCCGCCACCCUCCUGACAGUAUGAAUAAAGCAUAUUUCUAUUCGUUCAAUUUUAUCUCCAAAUAUCAGUCGUUGUACCCGAAAGUCUCGUCGAAAUUCCACCCAGUUACCUUCCUUCUUUUUCACUGAGCCUGUGACCGUGCCAUUGAUCCUUGUCGGUGCUACGUUGGAUAGUGCUGUUUUUAUUUUUACAAGGCUAGCUUUAGCCGACUCCGCGCAGUUAAUACGACAAAACAUGAGAACGUGUACACUGACUUCGUAAAGUACGUUAGUGAACGAUUUGACAGCGGCUUGUGUCGUAUGUAAAAAGCCAGAAGGAACGGUCCAUCAGGGCGUUUUGGUGUCUUAACCGACCGAUAGGGUAUUACGAAGUCGUCAAAUCAGCGAGUAGUGGACUCAGGGGAAAAGGAUCAUAUAUUAACGAAAUAAGGGUUCUCAACGCAUUGGCGGAAUAAGUAAUGAGAUGAAAUUCGCAUGCAUUUUAGACAUCCUCUGGAAUAACUGAAACCAAUGGCGACGAGAAAUCCAUCUCCUCCACGUGA